AGGUGUGCUCGGUUGCCAAGCAGCGCACAGAGAGAGGACAGGAAACGUGUGCCUUUUUUUUAAGCAUCCGGUCUGAUUUUAACCGUUCAUCUCUCCGUUUUUACCAAAUAAUAUCACACAUUUAGUUCAAUAGGAUAAUUGUUUUUUGUUGUGUUUUGUUUUUUGUUUUGGCUAACCUGCAGUUUAAUUCGGAAAUGGGUCGACUGAAGUGUCUCAGACGUGAAAGUGGAUUACCACCUAAAAAACAAGAUACUCCCUUGAAAACAAAACUGAGCAGAAAUGACACAGGUGGCGUUUUUUUCUGGACAGCAAACUUCACCAACUUGCCAUCAGCACAAAGUUGAGUUGAUAAUCACUGACAGUUGAAAACCUUACAGAGCGCAGGAGACAUCUGCCCAGGAAGCAUUAUGGCGCACUUCCAGUAGUACCUGAGGUGGAGGAGAUCAGUGUCCUGACUGUCAGAUCAACCAACCCAGUGUUGGUGGGUAUUCUGAUUAGUGAAAAGAUAUUCACAACCUGUCCACUGCAAAUCUGUGCCACACUUGAGUAGCCCUGCAUUUACUGAAAACCCCAGAGGCAAGGCCGUCUCGCCUUCCGCACCGGCUAAUAAGAAAUGUGGCCGCCGAGUGUCACCAGCAGGACGCCAAGCCGUUCAGAUGACUCCUGAUGCAGAGGCUUUUAAACGAGGUGAAAGGCACGUUAAUGAAGACAAGCAGAACUCUGAAUUGACUUCUUCCAGCAUGGAGUCAGACACAGCUUUCAGCUCUGAUGAUGAGGAGGAGGAAGACUCCUCUGCCUCUUCAGCCUCCAGCAGUCUGUCUUCCCCAGAGAUCUUCAGGAAGGAGACCUAUGUCGAAACAUUGACCUUUCCCUUUGAGGAAGAGGCACUGGAUCUCCAUCUUCACAUAAAAAACUCCACCUUGCUGGAUCUGAGCAAUGCUGAGAGCAUCCACAUGCAUCAUCCCCCCAACCUCUCUACAAUUAUUGAUGCCUCUACUAUUCUUGCUGAGAAAGACUGUGAGAUCAAAGGACCUGAAGCUGAGACCAAAACGCCUACGGACUCAUUUAAACCAGACAAAGCCUUCAAGUGUAAAACCACACCAAAACUUACCAACAGAAGACCCAUUCUGUGCAAGAAAAGGGUUUGGUUCAAAAGCCCAAUGGUUGCUGAGACAUCAGAAGCAAAACACAUCCCAGCCACAAAAUUAAACAUUCACAACACCAGUGAGCCUGACCAAACAUCCAGCCAAGCAGAGCAGAUGAAGCCUGACACAGACGCAUCCAGACCAGGAGAGAUCAACCACAAGGAAGAGGUGUUACAAAUGAAAAGUCCUUUUAAAAGUAAUCUGAACAAUGCUGAGUUCUUUGAUUUCAUCGACGACAGUGACAGGGAUGCGUUCUUUCGGAGUAUGAGAGAAAGGUGUGUCAGACUCAAGAGUUUUUCAUCAUUUCCUCUUACAGCUGCUAAGCACAUCCUGUGACAUCUAAAGCCAAAAUAUUGUAUCAAAAAUAAUCUGGAUAAAAGCGGUCCGCACAUGAGAUAUUCUUUAAGACAAGCGUUAUUAGUGUAUGAGUAUCUAAAUAUCAAAAAUGUAAAAGAAACUAUGUGAGUGAUAUUAGACGACAAUAAUUCAAAAGGAUACCACACCAUGCCAUAUUUGAGUGCAAACACUGUUACCUUUGACCUUGAAUUACUUCUCAACCAGACCUUUAUUAUUUAAUGACCUACUGUAAAACCUGUGAUGCCUGUUCUUUGCCACAUACGUGGUCCCUUUAAAAACAUUUUUAUGAAAAAGCACUUCUCAAUAUUUUCUGGAUUUCCUUUUGUCAAUUUGCAUAAAUGUUAUCUAACAAGUGUCUGGUGCAAAAUUACCACCAGAUGUCAGACCUGCACUUUUUUGAAUAGCCAUCUUGUAUUAUCUUUUCACUCAUUUUCUUUUUUCAUUUUAUAUGUUAAAUAUGUGUUGUUUGUGUUUCUUUAUUUGUGCUUUUAUUUAAUAAGAGACUGAUUUAAAUGCUUUUGUAUGGGGUCGAACCUGUAAAUUAGUUCAGGUGUUAGUCUGUGGUUUCUUUAUCUGUAAUUCUGUCUUGUCUCUCUAGAAAACAUAACACAUUUUGUUAUAAGUGUCCAAAAUAAAUACACGUACAAUAAAUACAUAAAUAAACAAUUGUUACUGGG